AUGGAUGCCAAACUCGCCAGAAUGCCGUUGUUCGACAACCGCCACGUGUUCAAGGUGCAAAUCCUCCAGAUCAUCGUCAUCCACGUCGUCCUUGGCCUGUCCGGUGCCAACCUAAUCCUCCGGUCCAAGGCCGGGCCGGUGACUCGGAACACGACUAUGUCGUUGGCCAUUGGGGCCAAGUCGAUGGUAUUCCUCGCCUACGAGAUAGGCACCCAGCACUUCUCCAAGCUCCGCAGGUUCUCCAGCCUGAAGACCAACAUGAUCCUCAACUGCCUCGAGCCCCUGUUCUGGGGCGCCGUCGCCUUCAUGGGCAUCCAGGGAAACAUCCAGCGCUGCAACGGCAUCACCUGCACCCUCGGCUGGGUCAUUGCCGGAUGUGGCAUCUUUCUCAACCUCCUCGCCGCCUACGUCGCCGUAGUAUCGUACACCGACUUCCGCUUCAUGAAGCGCACUGGCACAACCCGCGGCGUCUCGGUCGACCGCAACUACCCGCGGGCCGCGGAGGAGAUCGCUUCGAAUGGCUCAGUCGAGCAGCAGGAGACGGCAUCGCCGGCGAGGAAGACGGAGCGCGUGCACAGGGAACAAUGGACUCGCUGA